AAGGCAUCAAGCUACUAGCGUUUUCAUUCAAUCGAGAGUUAAACUGAAAUGAGUGCGCAGCCGAGUCCCUGCAUGAAUCCUCAACAACAGCAAAGUGAACAAGAGAAGGUGUACCAAUGGAUCAACGAAUUGGCGCAUCCGGACACGCGCGAGACCGCUCUCCUGGAGCUGAGCAAAAAGCGUGAAACCGACCUGGCUCCCAUGUUGUGGAACAGUUUUGGAACCGCGUGUGCUCUGCUUCAGGAGAUUGUUAACAUAUAUCCGUCUAUAACUCCGCCCACGCUGACAGCACAUCAGUCAAACCGGGUUUGUAAUGCCCUGGCCCUGCUGCAGUGCGUCGCCUCCCAUCCGGAGACACGCACAGCCUUCCUCCAGGCGCAGAUUCCCCUAUACUUGUACCCCUUUCUGUCGACCACUUCGAAAACCAGACCAUUUGAAUAUUUGCGUCUGACCAGCUUGGGAGUCAUUGGUGCCUUGGUUAAGACCGAUGAGCAGGAAGUUAUCACGUUCUUGCUGACCACGGAAAUCGUUCCACUUUGCUUGAGCAUUAUGGACAGCGGCUCGGAGCUAAGCAAGACUGUGGCCACAUUCAUCAUUCAAAAGAUCCUGCUUGACGAGUCGGGCCUGUCGUACAUCUGUCAGACCUAUGAACGCUUCUCGCAUGUGGCCAUCACCCUGGGAAAAAUGGUGAUCCAGUUGGCAAAAGAGCCGUGUGCCCGUCUGUUGAAGCACGUGGUGCGUUGCUACCUACGUCUCUCGGACAACACCCGCGCUCGCAAAGCUCUCGGACAGUGCUUGCCGGAUCAGCUGCGCGAUGGCACUUUCGCGCUGUGCCUGCAGGACGAUAAGUCCACGAAGCAGUGGCUUCAAAUGCUACUCAAGAACUUGGAGCUGGGAAACACACCACAGCAAAUCGGCAUGUCCCCAUUGGGCUCCUAGAUCAUAGACAUGCCGAAUCUCAAAUGUCCCAAGUAUUUAAUAGGCUUCUUGCCGGCCUGCCUGCUGCCUCCCCACUAUGCUUCUUUCAAAUCGCUUAUAAUAAAUUCAUUUCAUCUACUAGUUAUCAGAAGUACUUGGCCAGAACGCCUGGAUUAUAAGUUUCCACGAGGUUGCCUGAGCCUAGCCGCCUAGCGUAAGCAAAAAUGUAAUAUACAGAUGUAUGUAAUUAUGAAUACAAGCAAAGUAAUGUUAAUAAGUUAAGCAAAUUUCUCUGCUACUAGAAUACAAUUUAGAAUGUACAUAAAUAUUAUAUAAAUAAAGACACAUACAGCGAA